CACAGUGAACCGGUGCUCUUUAACAACAUGGCUAAUUAGGCUGUGAAUCUCGCUGGAAAGAGUCAGACAUGAUUCAAAAGGAUUGUGUUCUGUUAGUUUAGCAUUGUUUGGUUACUUUAAAACCUUUGAAAGUAGCUAACUCUUGUUUAUGUAGAGCUUUAAUCGACUUCCUUGUUAGCAGAAGGACUUCAGCUUGAGCAGCAAAACUUUGGACAUUAGUUUCCAGGUGCCCAAUGGCCUCUGUUGUGCUGCUGAAACUUGAGAAGCGAGCUGCAUCUGACUAUCAGGAUGCAGAGUUGAACACAAAAAAGCCCAGGAAACUGCUGCCUACUCUGAAGAAUAAACGGGCCCCCGAGCUUGUCCUGGUGAUUGGCACAGGGGUGAGCUCCGCGGUGGCUCCUCAAGUCCCCGCUCUCCGCUCCUGGAAAGGCCUCAUCCAGGCUCUGCUUGAUGCAGCUAAUGACUUUGACCUGCUCGAGGAGGAAGAGAGCCGCCGUUUCCAGAGGCACAUGCAGGAAGAUAAGAAUUUGGUACACGUGGCCCAUGAUCUCAUUCAGAAACUCUCCCCGAGAACAGGCAAUGUGCGCUCUACAUUCUUCAAGGACUGCCUUUAUGAGGUAUUUGAUGAUUUGGAGUGUAAGAUGGAGCAUGCAGGCAAACAUCUACUACGCUCAGUGCUGCAGUUAAUGGAGAGCGGUGCCCUGGUCCUCACUACCAACUUUGACAACCUUCUGGAGAUCUAUGCAACUCAUCAGGGAACCAAGCUGGAGUCUUUGGACCUCACUGAUGAGAAAAAAGUGUUGGAGUGGGCUCAGGAGAAGCGGAGGCUCAGUGUUUUACAUAUCCACGGUGUGUACACCAACCCCAGUGGUAUUGUACUGCACCCUGCUGGCUAUCAGAACGUACUGAGGAACACUGAGGUCAUGCGUGAGAUCCAGAACCUGUAUGAAACCAAAUCAUUUGUGUUCCUCGGCUGUGGGCGCACGGUUGACGACACAACUUUCCAAGCUUUGUUCUUGGAAGCAGUCAAACACAAGUCAGACCUGGAGCACUUCAUGCUUGUGCGGCGCGAGGACGUGGGCGAGUUCAAGAAGUUGCGUGACAACAUGCUGGACAAGGGUAUCAAGGUCAUCUCCUAUGGAGACGAGUACGCCGAUCUGCCUGAGUACUUUGAGAGGCUGGCCAACGAGAUCUGCAAUCGGGAUACAUCCACCAAUGGCUGGGGCUCUCCCUCUCAAAAGCCGGAAGAACAUCUUAAUGGUGUUAGCACACAUAAAAGUCUCCUACAAGACUACUCUUGACAGUCUGGAUGACCAUCUGUCAUUUUUCCUCAAGGGAUCAGAGUACUUUGACGAGUCCACUUUUGUCCAUGGAAUCUAAGACUCUAGAACAUUCUGGGCCACUGGAGACCUAAGAGCUAUGUGUAUUGUCAGAUCUCCUGCUAAUUUCUUUUCAAGGGGAAAAGUAUUA